AGGGAGCUGCAGGAUGGGCUUCUGCUAGAGGGGGAGGGGCAGGAAUUACGCAGAGCGAGGAAGGGGGAGGACAGGCUGGGCCUACCCUGCUGGGCCCUGGUUAAUCUGGGGCUUGUUUUUUCAGAGGAGGCCCAUUGGGUGGGAGGAAUUCGCCCAUUUCUGGAACAGGAAACAAUCCCCUUGGGCAGGGCUGGGAAGGAAAACUUAACAGAUCCCUGGUGCUGCAGCCUGAACCUACCAGCCGGAGGCUGCUCUGGAAUAUGAAGGGGGCACCCAGGGGAGAGGCCCCGGCGAGAGGCCCCGUCCCCUCACCCCCAGCUGCUGGGAGUAAGGAGGGUGUUGGCAUUCCUGUCCCUGGAUCCUGCUCCGGGUCUCCAUCUCCUGUGCCAGCCUCUGGCUAGUGGGUGUAAGAUAAACAGGAAAGCUCCUGCUCUCCUCCCGUGGGAACGUGGCUGGGGCAGCAGGUGCUGAGUGGGGGACUCUUGUGUCAGAUGCCGGUGACCUUCGAGGAGGUGGCUGUGUAUUUCACCCAGGGGCAGGGGGCUCUGCUGGACCCCGCUCAGAGAGCCCUCUACAGGGACAUCAUGCAGGAGACCCAUGAGACUGUGACCUCGCCGGAUAAGGGAUUCCCGUCCCCUUGGUUAUUGGAAGCUAGGGGAGGGAGGUCUGUGAUGUGGCUUGUGGUCCCUUAGAUUUCAAGGCUCCAAUGUCCCCAGAUCCAGUGUGAGGGAGACUUUACUCUCUUUGCCUUCUUCCAUGAGGUCAGGAAGUCAGAAAUACAAUGGAGAGGAUUAUUCAUUCCCAUCCCAACAGCUUUCAAGGGGGCAGAAGCAGCGCAUUGACCUGCCUGUAUUAAUUCUCACUCACACACAGAAUCCCUGUCCCCCUCCCCUCCUGGGACUAGCUCCAUCUGUGAGGAGGGCUCUGGAGACAGGAAAAGGCAGGGGCUGAAUGUCAGCAAAUCCCCUAGAGUGCCCAGAUCCUGGAGGCCCCCCCUCCAGACAUCUGCCUCUCCCAAGGGGGAUCAGUGACCAUGUUCCUGUCCGUUCAGAGUCCGUGUCCCCCACAGCCCAGCACAGGGCCAGGUUAAAAUCAAGGAAUGUUCUUUGUAACACAUCCGACCUCUUCCAAUGCUUGACACACCCUGAUCAUGCCUGAUUUUCCCCCCUCCCCCUUCCCAAGCCUGACCUGAUCUCCCAGCUGGAACGAGGGGAAGAGCCGUGGGUCCUGGAUACCCAGGCCUCCAAGGAAAGGGAGAUCUCAAGAGACGCCCACGCCGCAGGUGAUGGGAGGAUGAGUAAGAACAAGGAGGAGAAUUCUCAGCAGGAAGCGGCUGAGGAAGUGGAACUGCACAAAACUUUAUCAGGAAGACCCAAAGGGAAUUUUUUCCAGAGUCAUGAGCAGGGAAAAGCCUGGGAGAUACCACACAAGUCAGAGAAGUGGCAGGGAAACGAGCCAGGGAAGAAAGUGGGUAAAACCACUAAUUGUAAGGGAAAUGGCAAGGACCUUGAGGAAACCGCAGCCCAGCAGAGAAUCCACAGAGACGGAAGAAAAAACACAUGCACCAAGUGUGGGAAAAGCUUCAGUCGUAGCUCAAACCUUGUUUCCCAUUGGAGAAUCCACACAGGAGAGAGGCCGUAUAAAUGUAGCGAGUGCGGGAAAAGCUUCAACCAGAGCUCCAACCUUAUUUCCCAUCAGAGAAUUCACACGGGAGAGAGACCCUAUAAAUGUCUGGACUGUGGGGAAAACUUCAACCAGAGCUCAGACCUCAUCACACAUCAGAGACUGCACACGGGAGAGAAACCAUAUAAAUGUUUUAGGUGUGGAAAAACUUUCAAUCAGAGCUCAAAUCUGAUUUCACAUCAGCGAAUUCACACUCGAGAGAGGCCCUAUAAAUGCCUGGAGUGUGCGGAAAGUUUUGACUGGAGCACCCAACUUAUUAGACACCAGCUAAUCCACACAGGAGACAGACCCUAUAAAUGCCUCGAAUGUGGGAAAAGCUUUAGUGACAGCUCAGCCCUUAUUACACAUCAGCGAACCCACACGGGAGAGAAGCCCUAUAAAUGCCUCGAGUGCGAGAAAAGCUUCAACCAGAGCUCCACCCUGAUUAGACACAAGAGGACUCACACGGGAGAAAAGCCCUAUAAAUGCUCAGACUGCGGGAAACGUUUCAGUCAGAGCUCGAACCUAAUUACGCAUCAGAGACUCCACUCAGGAGAGAAACCGUGAAUGUGGGUGAUGCUUCAGUUGGAAUUCAAUCACAUUAUCCAACAGCAAAUUCAGACAGGGAAGAGAGCUCGUAAAUGUCCUUAGCAUGGGAAAGAUUUCAGCUGGAGCAAACACUAUACUGGACAUCAGCAACUCCAGCAGAGUUGAACCUGAGCUGUUAGUGGCCAUAGGCACUGACUCCAUGGGUGCUCCGGGGCUGGAGCACCCACAAGGAAAAAUUGGUGGGUGCUUAGCAUGCACCAGCAGCUCCCCGCCCCCCUGCCCCAGCUCACCUCUGCCUCCUCCCGUGGGCACACCGCGUGCCAGCUUUUCCCCUCUGGCUCCCAGCGCUUGUGCCGUGAAACAGCUGAUUCACGCAGCAAGCGCUGGGAAGGAGAGGGAAUACCGUGCGCUGGGGGAAGAGGCGGGGGCGGGGC